CAAGUGACCACACUCAGAACCUCAAUCGUGUCGCACACUUUUUUUAAGGUCUACUUUAAUAGUGCAUCCCGGGAAUUUCCUUUCUAGCAUAAUUUCUCACAAUUUUCUUGAGCAAGAGGGUCGAUUGAUGUAAUUAAGAAAGGAUAUUUAAGAAGUUGAAAUGUAAACUUUCUAUUGUUAUGUUUUUUUCAACCGGUCACGGUCGUUCUGUUCUAGUACAAGCCCCCGCUCUUGUUAUAGAAACGACAUUAAAUUACUCUUCUGCUCACCAAACGUGCUUUGUUCAUUGAAUCCCAAUAGCUACAGUGAUUGGUCAAUGAAUGCUAGCUGGAUCUUGCCAACUGUGUAUAACGCAAUUGUUGUUGUAGCUAUGGCUAUUGACUGCUCGAUUUUGGGUAGAUAGUACGGCGUCGCGAGCUCCAUUUAUUGAGUUGCUUGGCUAACUUAGAUACGAUUAUUGAGUUGCUUGGCUAACUUAGAUACGAUUCUGUAUAUCAAUUUGAUCUUCACGCAAAAACAGUUGAAGAGAAUCCGAGUGAGCGCUCAUAUGGCGGAGGGGUUUGAGGGGCUGAGGAGAGCUUUUCGAAAUGGGAAAACGAGGGGAAUUGAGUGGCGGAAGGCGCAGCUUCGAGCGGUUCUGAGAUUGUUGGCCGAAAAUGAAGCGCAGAUUUUUGAAGCCCUGAGGCUAGAUCUUGGGAAACAUCCUGUUGAAGCUUAUCGUGAUGAGAUUGGAGUGGUGAAGAAAUCAGCAGAUCAUGCUUUGGUUCACAUCAGCUCAUGGAUGGCUGUCAAAAAGGCCCAGCUACCUCUACUUCUGUUUCCAUCAAAAGCACAAGUAUUGCCAGAACCACUGGGUACUGUACUCAUAUUUGGAUCCUGGAACUUCCCAAUCAGUCUCACACUUGAUCCCUUAAUUGGGGCAAUUUCUGCUGGAAACACUGUGGUCUUAAAGCCUUCUGACCUCGCUCCAGCUUGCUCUUCUUUACUUGCACGUACUAUCCCUCAUUACUUGGACACGGAAGCCAUUAAAGUCAUUGAAGGUGGAGCUGCUGUUGCCGAACAACUACUGGAGCUUCGUUGGGAUAAAAUAUUCUUCACAGGGAGUCCCCGAGUAGGGCGUAUAGUCAUGUCUGCAGCAGCAAAGCAUUUGACUCCCGUGACUCUUGAACUGGGUGGAAAAUGCCCAGUCAUUCUCGACUCUUUCUCUGGCUCAGACUUACAGGUGGCUGUGAAGAGAAUAGCUGGUGGGAAGUGGGGACCGUGUGCUGGACAAGCGUGCAUAGGGAUCGACUAUCUGCUCGUGCAAAAAGACCUUGUUCCUCUUCUGGUUAAAUCAUUGACAAGCUGUAUCAAAAGAUUUUACGGCGAGAGUGCAAAAAACUUGAAAAAUAUUUGCAGAAUUGUGAACAAGAAUCACUAUGAUAGGAUAUGCAAUCUUCUUGAUGAACCUGGUGUGGCAGCUUCCAUUGUCUAUGAUGGUUCAAUGGACUCUGAAAAUAUGGUUAUCGGUCCCACGAUUUUAGUGGAUCCUCCUCUUGAAGCUCAGAUUAUGACGGAAGAAAUAUUCGGGCCAUUGCUUCCCAUCAUUACACUCGAUAAGAUCGAAGACAGUAUCGAUUUCAUCAACGAGAGACCAAAGCCAUUAGCCAUUUAUGCAUUCACCAAGAACAAAAAACUCAAGGAUCGAAUUUUGCAAGAAACAUCAUCUGGGAAUGUAACAUUCAAUGAUACCAUUAUUCAGUUUAUAUGUGACUCACUGCCGUUUGGAGGUGUCGGUCAAAGUGGUUUUGGAAGGUACCAUGGGAAGUACUCGUUCGAUACUUUCAGCCAUGAGAAAGCAGUUCUGCAUAGAAGCUUCUUUCCGGAGCUCGAGCCAAGGUAUCCUCCAUGGAAUGCUUUUAAGCUGGAGUUUAUAAGAUUGGCUUACAACUUCGAUUAUGUUGGACUGUUGCUUCUUUUGUUGGGUUUGAGGAGAAUAUUUACGCGAAAUCGGUCUCAUUAGGACAAUAGGUCGAACGCCGAAUGAUAAAAUAAAUCUAUUCGGUAAUGUUGGCUAGUAGCAAGUGUUUUCCCCUCUCUGCACCUUUUUUGAGAGCUCUGUUUUCAAAUUAGGGCAUGAGGAGCCCUUUGGCUACCAAAAAGUUUGUUAACUAAGCUUACUAGAAACUUUGUUUGCAUUUGAUCAGUGUAUUGAUAUGAUGUGUUUGGACUGGUUUUCAACAUUUCUUUGUAUCCUGAUAUGUGAAAAAUGUUUCUGUACUUGAAGAUUAUAAUAAGUAACGUUUUGCAUCACACAAAGUGCAAGCACGUUGAGAUAUAAAACUUCAUUUCGAG